AUGGUACAACUUGUGGAACAGCCUCAGUGGCAGCGCAAAAAGGACAAGAAGACGAUCUCGAGUUCUGCCUUGUCACAAUCACGUGACCGUCGCGUCGCGUUCACAAUUUGGUCGAUCCCCUUGUUGCGGACACGUGGUGGUUCAAAUAUAACGCCACAAUGCGAAGGACACACUCUUCAUGAACAACACUCACAACCUCACGAGCCAUCUCUUCACACCGGGACACACAACUUUGCUGAAUACUUGGUAAAGGCCCGUAGGGCACGCUUUCACAGAGAAGUAAUCGAAUAUGAGGCUACAAUCGACGCAAAGUCGAACAGGGUUACCUGUUGGAUUCCUAGCCAGGAAGGCAAGAAUUUUGUUGUGAACUGGCGCGAUCACGGUAGCCAAGUCGAGACCGCCACAUAUAUCAAUCUCGAUGGUUUUGUAGUUCCAGGACAGUUUCUGUUCGGUGAGGGUGAUGCGAUGAGGUCAGCAGUUAGAGUAGGAGAGGACAUGGAGAGGCCUUUCGUGUUUCAGAGAAUUGAAGAACCUGAAACCCUACAACUUCAUGACCCAGGAGUACCCAGAGGAAAGGACAUUGGUACAAUUCUCGUUAGAAUCAAACGCAUUAAACGGAAAGAAUUACGUCCAUCCAAUGCGCCUCAAACUCCUCCUGCGAUGACACAGGGAAGGCGUGGGAUUGGUGAACCCUGUAUAGGGUAUGGUGAAGAGAGAGCUGCACGCCAGCGAUUUGAAACUACAUGGAAGAUAGAGCCGUUUGACAAGAGAAAUCCUGGAGCAUAUGUUGUGUUCGCCUUCCGAUAUCGCUCCCGAGGGUUUCUGGUUUCUCAGGACAUCAUGUCCCCUGACGACUCUGAGUUUCGGACUCCCCCCACGCCUCUGCUGGCGUCCUCUCCUCCAACGCCAGUCAGCAUGUCGCCCACAGCGGCCACACCCAGCUCCACGCCUAGCCCUUCAAGACCCAGGAUGUCAAUGGAGGGUCGAAGUAUUUCGCUGGGCAAUAGCCACUCCUUCGGCACCGUGAGUAGCAACAAUUCCAGCCCGAGCAACAUGAGUCCCAGGAUGUAUCAGCUCUCGAUCGAAGACACCGAAACAGUCCCCUGGAUGAACUCUCUCCAGCACAACCCAAACGGGUGGACGUGA